AUGUGCCACUCGGUAUUUUUUCUCUCAAAGGUGGUAGCAGUCGCUAAAUCCACGUAUUUCGCGGUGAUGACAAUGGACAAACGAGACGUUUUAAGGGAAGUCCAACGGCGCAUUCUUGACAAUGAUGCUAGAAAGCGCCGUCUUCGUAAAACUCUUGAAAUUCUCGAACAGGAUAAUCAUGUUGAGGAUUCCCUGAAUGAUACCAAGACGACCAAAAGGCCAAAGUUUGAAGAUGAUACACCUGGUCAUGCGAAGCGUCGACGUCGAACUACAAUCGGACGGGCGAAGUUUAAAAAGACCUUUGAGUUGCUGCUGGACGAGGAGUACCAGGCGACGAAAGGGGGCCAAGUUGGUGCCUCAUACUUCACUGCCGCCGUUCCCGACAGCCGUCUCCCACCUCGCAAGUUCUGCUCCGUCUGUGGCUUCCUCGGCGCUUACGUUUGUGUGGUGUGCGGCUCGCGUUAUUGCAGCAUCAAGUGUCGUGAUGUGCACAACGAUACUCGCUGCCUUAAAUGGGUCGCCUAG